AUGGCAAAGAACUCUAACAGUAUCGAGAAGCUAGCGGAAGCUCCUUUACAAUUCGUUAGGGAGGGUUCUGCAUUCAUUUCCAAGUGUAACAAACCUAACCAAAAAGAGUUUAUGCAAAUCGUCAGAGCUGUUGGUAUUGGCUUUCUAGGUGUUGGUGUCAUUGGGUAUGCCAUUAAGUUAAUCCAUAUUCCAAUUAGGUACUUAAUUGUAUGA